UUAUUCCUAGCCUCCUAGGAUCAUUAUCAAUGGGUGAGUAGGAAUUUUCCACUUACGUCUUACGCGUUAAAAAAAAAAAAAAAAAAAAAAAAAGGAAUUUUCCACUUACGCAAGUUCAUAUUACCAAACAAUUCAACAAAUGACGUACCGGUAGCCGAGAUUCUGAGUGUCGUCGGGCAAAUGGAUUCUCUGCCUCUGUCACUGCACAACUGUUCAGACACAAACCCUAAUUCUUCUCCCUCACGCAAUUCCAACUCCAUUUUUUUGGCUCCUGCAAGUGGUUUUGCACCUUCCGGCGACAACUUUCGCAUUAAUCUCCGUCUUCAGCUCCAUCACCACGGCUCCAACGAUGAUCGGAAUUCCCUCACCACCGAUACAAACCUCCGCCAUAGCCAAGCUUCAGAGUUUUCUGCACAAUCAUCACAACAACGCAUAAAAGUCGACUCUUCGAUUCUCGAAAAGGAUCCGGCGAUUUGUUGCCCUAUUUGCAAAGACGAGCUUUUCCUCGAUUUGGAUUUGAAGGUGCUGCCUUGCAAGCACAAGUUCCACGUGAACUGCAUCUCGCGGUGGUUGAAGAUAAAGAAUUCGUGUCCGAUUUGUCGAUUCCAGAUGCCGAUCAAGGCGGAUUCAGGGGCGUUUGACAGGCAGAGAUCAGUAGAAUCUGAAGAAUUUUUGGAGGAUUACGAUGAUGAUGAUGAGUUUUCAGGCGCUUGGCAUCCACCAAUUAGGCGAGUUCCGCGGAGCUAUAAUCUCUCGGAGAUGUUCUCAGUGCGCUUCUGAGUGAUGAUCUGAUCUUCUUCGCAGACUAAGGCACCAGCUCAGUCACAUUGCAGAAACACGUAAUUUGGUGGAGCUGAUUGAGAACUUUCUGCAGAUUGAGCUUGCGAUUCAGAUAGUGAUGAGAUUGCUUGAUUAUGGCGUUGGGGAGUUCUAAUUGCUGCAGGGAGAGUCAUCAGUCAUGAUGAUAAUGAUGAAGGGUAAUGUGCUGGGACUCUCUGAGCUUAUUUGUGUUUUUAUGAUUAGAAAACUCACAACCAUUAAUCGACAGAGGUUUAUUUAAGUUAGAUACAUGCAAGAAUACUUAUUUUUAAGGUCAUAUGCACUAAUUUAAUAGUGUAAAUUGAAAGUUUUGGAUAUUUAGAAUCAUGUAUCAUGUCAGGUUCUAGAACUUCACUACCCUCGUAUCGAGGUUGAGGCAACUCGUAAAAUUAUACAGAUGAAUGAGAUAGUAUAUAUAUAAUUAGUAAACGAGUUUUUAUUUUU